GGUGCCUAUAUGGUGGUCAUGCUGGAGUCGCUCGCCUUCAAAAAGAGGCUGCUAUCCCUGGCCAGGUACUCAGUCGAGUUUUAGACUCUCGAGUUCAAACAAGCUCUCACAAUCACAGUUCAGCCAAAGUUCGACAGCUAUAGCAGGGCAGCAGCAUAUAUCGAUUGAAUCUAUUUAGCGCUCGAAAGUUUUGAAUUUCAUCAGUUAAACAAGCAACUCAACUGGCUUCCAAUUGAUUUUUGUUCAUUCUCCGACGCCACAUCAGUGCCAAUUAUAUUGUGCUUCGAGAUUUCAACAGGCGCGGCUAACAGCUGAAACUGUACCAAGAAGAAAUCAAGGAGUCAUGUCAGUUGCCAGCAUGAACAUGCCGCAUCAUCUCUUCACCGGCUAUCCAUUCCAAGGCCAGGGUCGUGUCAAUCAGCUGGGCGGAGUGUUCAUCAACGGCCGUCCGCUGCCGAACCACAUCCGUUUGAAGAUCGUCGAAUUGGCGGCGGCUGGCGUCCGUCCGUGCGUCAUCUCCCGCCAGUUGCGAGUCUCCCACGGCUGCGUCUCCAAGAUCCUCAAUCGCUACCAGGAGACGGGCAGCAUCCGCCCGGGAGUCAUCGGCGGAUCGAAACCAAAGAGCAGCUCCUCAGGCUCGUCCGUGUCACCCGGCGGAGGAGGCAGCGGAUGCGGAAUGAACAGCGGCGAAGCCGAACGCAAGUCAGAAGACUACCGACGGGAGACCGCCAACAACAACAUCUUCUCCUGGGAAUUCCGCGACCGACCCUCCCAUAAGGAUGAAAAGGAAUUGAUGAGCGGAUCGAUAGCGCCAGCAACUUCCAUCAAUCGGCUGUUACAGCAGCAGCAGCAACAGCAGCAACAACAUCAGCAGCAACAGCAUCCGCAUCACCGCGGGAUGAUGGGCAUGAUGGAGAACACCAACAGCGCAAUCAGUCCCGACGGCUUAAUCAACAGGCAUCCUCACCAGCACUCGAUCGACGGCAUUCUAGCAGAUACGGGAUCGUCGAGCGACUGUGACCUUUCGGACAUUGAAUCGGAGCCCGGCAUCACGUUGAAGCGCAAGCAGCGCCGCUCACGAACGACUUUCAGUGCCGAGCAACUGGAAGAAUUGGAGCGAUCCUUCGAGCGCACCCAAUAUCCGGACGUCUACACCAGAGAGGAACUGGCCCAAAAAACGAAAUUGACAGAGGCCAGAGUGCAAGUUUGGUUCUCCAAUCGCCGGGCUCGUUUGAGGAAACAACUGACCGGCCAACAACUUGGCCUACAAGGAUCGGCUUUCUCGCUGGCCGCCGCCGCAGCCGCCGCUGCCGCUUCGUCACCUUCUUCCGGCGGCCAUCACUACUCGAAUUCGACCGUCACCUCGCCCCAGCCAACCCAGGCCCAGUCGGCCAGCGUUGGUCAGUCCUCUUCUGGAGUAGCCGAUCAUCACAAUCAACAGCAGCAACAACAGCAACAACAACAGCAACAGCAACAACAACAAGUGAACGCUGCCGUAGCCGCUGCUGCCUUCCAGACUCACCACGCAGCCGGAGCUUGGCAACAUCACCACCACCACCAUCACCAGGGAUAUUACAGCAAUGGAUAUCCAACAUCAGCUGCAGCGGCUGCGGCCGCCGCCGCCGGAUCCAUCCAUCAUCCGCACCACCAGGAUGUUGCGGCGGCUUCGCUAUCUUUCGGCCAUCAGUUCCCGGGCUAUCUGACGGCGGCCAAUCACGCCGGAUGGAACGCCAUUCCUGGGCCUGGACGCAAAGUCUCCGACGACAACAUCCACCACCAAUCGAAUCCGUCGGCUUGGGCUUCCUCGACUUCGACGUCGGUUCCUUCCGUGUGCAGCGGCUCGGCCGAUUCGUAUCCGUUCUUCUCGUCGGCUCCGGCCCAUCCGCAUCAACUGCACUCGGCGGCCGCCGCCGCCGCCGCUACGUCCGGAAGUGCGUUCACCGUCACCGGAAGCGCCAAUCCGGCUGUGGCCGCUUUGAUCAACCCGCACUCGCCGUCCGAACCGAAAUCCGGAUAUCCUUACUAUCAACACCAGAUGAUCUCCGGAAUGGAUGCCAGUCACAUGCUGCACUGCGCUGGAUUAGUUCACUGAAAUCAAACAAUUUAAUCUAAGAGAUCCGAUAGAAUUUUGACUUGUACAGUUUAGCACUUCUUGGCGUUCGAGAUAAAUUCAUUUCCUAAAGUAUUUCAUCCUUUCAAGACAAAUUGAGUAGAAGAAAACUCGGAAUUAUCCAUCGAUCUACCCACUAUACAUCUAUACAAAUGAAAGCUUCCGCUCUAGGAAUAUACUAUAUAUUGCUUCGCAUCACAAAACAUUAUUUCAGUAAUUUCGAAAGGAUUUUUUUUAUCCAUUUAUAAUUAUUUCUUUGAUGUUUUGCAACCAGUAACUACAAUACCACCUUGCUUUCUGUCAGCUUCACCAUUUAUAUUUUAGUAAUAAUAUACGGUAGCGGCCUUUCUUUUAUAUUUUACGGCCAGAAAUAUAUUACUAUUAGUUUAACCUUAUUAGCUGAAUCGAAUUUUCGUGCAUACAUAUACACAAUUUAUUAUUAUACCAUUAUCUCUCGUCUUCUUUUGUCACCAAAUAGCAUCUAUGAUUUAAUCGUUUUGUGCAUCUGUACUCUGAUAGUGCUCUCAUCAGCUGCAUUUCAAUAAA